AGAUUUAUCUUCAAGAAAACAAAAGAUAUACUUGGCGGCAACAUUCGUGCCAUGUUGAGCGGGGGCGCACCGUUGUCUGAAGAUACCCAGUACUUCAUGAAUGUGUGCAUGUGUUGUCCUGUUAUUCAAGGUUAUGGUUUGACUGAGACCUGUGGUGGAGGAACAAUCUGUAAUUGUAAGUUGUGAACACAACGUUGAUUAACUUAGAGCCGGCACCGGCUCCGGCAGUCAAAAAAUCUGGCUCCGGCAAGAAAUUUUUAAGGAAAUUCCAUAUUUAAAAGUGUAAGCAGGCGAAAGUAUUUCAGUGUAAUUUCAGAAUUUAUCUUUUUUAAAAACCUUUCUACAACACUAUUAAUAGUAAACCACAUAGUAAUAUAUAGUAAAACAACAUAUAAAUAGUAAUAUAUUAGUAAACAACAACUUAAUUUUCCCAUUUAAUGCCAAAUGUUCGUUGAAAUAUGAAAUAAUUUUUGCCGGAGUUUUUGCAAGAGUUUUCCAACUCCGGCACUCCGGCGCACAUGCAGCUCUAGAUUAACUCGUUAGUCAUAAUUUGUUAGGCCACGUUAGUUUAAGGAGGACACUAGGACAGCGACCAAGAAGCACGUUGGAAUAAAUGAUCGCAUGGAAAUCUUGUCUUAUAUUAACUAAUAGUUCAGGAGGUUACGACAGGACUUUACCACUUCGACAGUUUUACAUACAGGCUUGGAGUGCCAUGCAGUGUUGUAUACAAGUCUUGAAAAUGUGAAUUUGAGUCAAAAACUUUUUGUUUUUGCCGGCUUUGUGUUGUUGGAUUUGUAUAUAUUAAUCACGGCUAAGUUUUCGACGGUGAAUGAGCUGAUUGGUAUAUUACUCUAAAAGAGGGCACGUGGAUUUAAAUAAUCAAUUGUCUUUUUUGCAACAGUAUGGGACAAAACAUGUGGUCGUGCUGGAGCUCCAAUUGGUUGUACUGAAGUUAAACUGGCAAGUUGGGAGGAAGGUGAGUUUUGUCAAGAUUUAAUUUUUGCAGUUUUUAUUCUCGAAAUGGUAAUUAGAUCAUUAUGCUAAUUAAAUUGUUAUCUUCUAUAAAACUUGAAAUUUCUUGUUCAGCACUAUUAGGCUACAAUGCUUGCAGAAUAUAAUUUUACCCUGACUUGCGAAGGCCAUUUCGAUCUCUUACUACUCCAAAAUGUAAUAAUUAAAAGUAAGACUGUGAGAAAUACGGGUUUAAAUACGGCUUUAAUAGGUUUGGAAAAUCAAGGAAAUAACCUGGUUGUUCAAUGUAUAUAGUUUUUGUAAUCUCUUUAAUAAUGCAUUUUAUGUAAUAAUUAUAUACCUUUAAAAACUUGAAAUUUUACGUUUUAUACAAGAUAGCUAUUUGAAUCUUUAGCAUUAAUUUUUUGGAUGCCUCGAUUUAUAUGAUACUGAGUACUAAUUGAAUCAAGGACUAUCACUGCGAAAUCUCUUACAGUCCGCAUCAAACUUAUACAAUACUUGACACAGCGACUAAGAGAACGUGUUACCGGGGAAAAUGGUACCCUUUCCAAGGGGAAAUUAUCUGAUUAUGGUCUGUCCAUAACAGAUGGCAGGCAUGUAUGUCGUUUACAUUUGGGUAGAAGCAGCCUAUAGGAUUGACAUGGUAAUAUAAUAAUCUCUCUGAUGAUAGCGAGGGUGCGCCAAUUAUGCAAAUCUACAGCCUGCGACUCUAUUAAUUUUGUCAAGGUGGCUACACUCCGUACGACAAGCCAAAUCCAAGAGGCGAAGUAAUUUUAGGAGGAGCUAACAUCACAAUGGGUUAUUUUAAAAUGCCCGAGAAGACAAAGGAAAGUUUUUAUGUGGAUAGAUAUGGUCAACGGUGGUUCCACACUGGUGAUAUUGGUGAAAUGGAUACGGACGGUAGUUUGAGGAUCAUUGGUGAGUAAAAUCUCUGAUCUUAGAAAAUCUGUAACGCUGCCUUAGAAAAGCCUCCCUUUUCUUGUCUAUGGGUUCUUGAGGGGAAUGACUGGUAUGCGGAACUACCAAACUUCCAUCCUCCUGACAAACACAACCGUCGGCCAAUGGUGACGUUUGUCGAUAACAACUGCAGUGGAAUCAAAAGUGUACUCGGGGCUCAUUUAUCAGUAUUAUAAUUUUUCGAUUUCCAUACAAUAUUGAUGUUGUGAAGUAGUUUGCCCCAGUUUUGAAGAAGUAUCUGUAGUCAGCAGCGCACCACACUUUUUAAAAGUAGCUGUAGAGACAGGGUAAAAUUUGUUAGCCUCUACCCAUCCUUGCAAUUUUCUCCUGCAUUCAGCAUACCUAACAUCUUAUUCCAGAUCGGAAAAAAGACUUGGUGAAACUUCAUGCGGGCGAGUACGUUGCUUUGGGAAAGGUUGAAUCUGUGUUAUCUCGCUGUUCUCUCGUGGAAAGUGUCUGUGUGUACGCUGAUGCAGGAACGACGUACGUUGUCGCACUAAUAGUACCACGUGCUAAGGAAAUGGCUGCCUUGGCUAAAUCUCUUAACCUCAAUCCAAAUGACAUGGAAGCUUUAUGCGAGAAUCCUACUAUUGUCAACAAAGUAAUGCAAUUAAUUGAAACUACUGGAAAGAGCGGUAAGUAUAAAAAAACCUCUUACAUGCUUUCGUGAUUUCUUGGCGUUAGAAUUAAUUUGUUGGAAGUUUCAUACAUUGAUGUAAAUAUGUAUGAUGACGCCAACAUUACAAGCUGCAACAAUUUGCACUGCACAAAAAGACAAAUGACACUUUUUUGGACAUGAACGUUUGUUAUUUGUUUACGGCAAUCGGGUUUAACAUCAUAUAUUUUUACUUUUCCUGGAUAUAUGUUUCCGCUCGCAUGGUUUAGUGAAAAUAAGUGAAUGAAUGCGAUGCCCGGUCGAAAUGCAUUCACGAACCAACCGUUUCGAAUAAAAAUGGCGACACAUCAGGCUUUGAAUAGAAAUGACGGUAACUACCUGCCACAAGAUAUUACGUUGUUUUGUUAAAGUUCAAGAAAACUGAAUUGCGUAUAACUUUAUAUAUUUGUUUGAAGUUAAAUCUAUAUAUAUCGACCGGACUUUGUAUUCGUUUACUUAAACCAGAUUAGUACAUGAGCGAAAAACAUGCUUUUUUAACUUGCUCCAAUUCUCCUUCUCUGAUCAUAGACAAUCCAGAAGACAAGGUCGAAUAUAAUAUGACGUAGCGGGCGAGCAAAUAUGGAAAAUGGAGAGUGCGGAUAAUAGACAUUAUAAAUAUGCCCAAAAAAUCCGUUUAAUUUUUCUUUUCAAAGGUAUUAAAUCAUGGGCUUUAGGACCAAUUCAAUUUGACAACAAUAGUAUUCUAUCUAAAUAGCAGCUAAAAUAAAGUGUACGACACCUGAACUGUUCAAUAUCUUGCUUGAAGUGCUUCUAAAUCCAUAAAACAUUUACGUAUUAUGCAAAUACUGUAUAUUUUCAAAAUCCGCCAUAUUCAUUUACAUUAGAACCCAAGCUUUCGCGGUUCACACGAAAUAUUUGAAAUAUUACGUCGGUGAUUUUCACUAAUAAUAUUAAUAAGAGGGUAGGAUCAAAGUGGACGUUGUCACUCGCUAACCUAGCCCUGCAUGGCAGGCGGUCCCUAAAAUCGGGCAAGCCUGGGAAAGACCGCCUGCUGGGUUUGGCAGUGUAAUUUGAUAACCGCCCACUUUUUGUCCGGGUCCAAUUAGCCAAUCAGCAAACACUAAAUAUAUUAAUCAAAUCAAACUGUCAAUCACUCAAACUAUGUUAUUGUUUGGUCGCAAAAUUGCAAAUAUAAAAUAUGUCGAAAGAAAUGCCAUUGAAAGUUUCAAUCAGGACCUCUGGAUAACGACAAGAGGUAGAAAAGCAAGCGCGGAAAAUGUCAUGCAGGCUAUCACUAACCCAUGCCUGCCAUGCAGGCUAUCGCUAACCCAAUUAGCUGUUUGGGUUCUGUACCACGUGACCUGUUCAAAGCGUUCUGAGCGUGAGGAAUCUUAUGACAUCAUAACGGCCUCGAUAAAAUAUUUUGAGGACACGUUUGUGCCAUAUUAGGAAAUUGGGGAGACGUUUGUGCCAUAUAUGGAAGCAUGGUUUCCUCGCGCUUCGAACGAUUGAACAAUUGGAUGAUCCUACCCUCUUAUUAUUAGUGAAAAUCAGCGACGUAGUAUUUCGUGUGAACCGCGAAAGCUUGGGUUCUAAUGUAAAUAAAUAUGGCGGAUUUUGAAAAUAUACAGUAUUUGCGUAAAUACAUAAUACGUAAAUGUUUUAUGGAUUUAGACGGUACUUCAAGCAAGAUAUUGAACAGUUCAAGUGCCGUACACUUUAUUUUAACUGCUAUUUAGAUAGAAUACUAUUGUUGUCAAAUUUAAUUGUUCAGAAGUAAUAUAGUCAGUUUUACAUUCUGUUCAGAAUUUCGCUCUUCAAAACUUCGCUAUUCAGUUUUAAACAAUAGUGUUAUUAGAAAUUCUGUGUUGGCUCCAAUGUCAACAACUUUCUUUCUCGCCGUCCUUCGCGCUCUACGUCAUGUUAUUUGCAGUAUAGUGGAUCAGAGAAACUAGAGAGAGAUUUGAACAAACUUAGAACUUUAGUGCGACGCCUUCUGCCUUGUUUCUGACAAUAUAGGAUGCAUGGUUUACAAUUGAAAGUUUCUAUAUGAUGUAAACUUUAACCGCAGAGAUUAUGCAUGAAAAGGAAAUUAUAUUUUUAAAAGAGGUUUCACAUGCUUUGAUCGGAGUAAUAUACUGUUCAGUCAAAGACGCAUUGAGAGCGCAGUUGUUUGAACAUUUAUUUAUUUUGAAUUUUUUAAAUAACCACUUUUUUCAAAACGUUUUUAGAAAAGCUUGAGAAGUUCGAAAUGCCGAAGAAGAUAAAACUGUGUAAAGAAGCCUGGACGCCUGAAACGGACCUUGUUACUCAAUCUCUCAAACUGAAACGACGAAACAUUGCGACAUUUUACGCCCAGAGUAUAAGAGCAAUGUAUACCUAAAUAUAUAAAAUACUAAACCGGAACACAAUGUAAUUAACCAAAUAAUAACCUCUGUAUCAAAAUUGCUAUAAUAAUAAACAUUUGUGCAUUUGAAGACAGUAAAAUUAUUGAUCUUAUGCAAUGCAACCACCUUUUACUUUACGAUAUGAAAGUAUUCGCUCGUAUAUCAGUUGUUAUCGUUAUUAUUAUUAUACUAGGCAAAUUCAAGAAUUGCAUCAUAGGCUGAUAGGCAACUUUGAACACGGUGAUUCACAAUGCUCGAUGCGGACAUAUAAGCAGAGCCUGGACUGCUGUGUUCAUACUCGCGAUGAAAUUCGUCUUGCUUAUUAAAAGCCACCCCAAGAGAA